GGCACUAUAUAAUAGAUAGAUAGAUAGAUAGAUAGAUAGAUAGAUAGAUAGAUAGAUAGAUAGAUAGAUAGAUAGAUAGAUAGAUGUGAAAGGCACUAUAUAAUAGAUAGAUAGAUAGAUAGAUAGAUAGAUAGAUAGAUAGAUAGAUAGAUAGAUAGAUAGAUAGAUCUAUGCUUACGUUGAAUAUUUUCCUUAAAUAUGUUGAGUCAGAUUAAAGAUUUCAUAGUACACGUCUAAAGCGAAACAUAAGGGAGCACGCACAACAAAUUAAGUAACAAUAUUGCGUGAAAUCAGGUUGUAAAACAAAACAAAAUCACAGCGUGAUGAUACCCAAAUGAAGAGGGAAAUGUUGCAGAGCUCAUUUUAUUAAUCAGCCUGUCAAUUUCACCCCAGAGGCCAAACCCAAGAGUAAUCGAGGCAGGCUCUGAUCAAGAUCAGGACAGCAGCUCCACUGCUCACUUCUUCUGCAUCUCUCUACCUGGAAGUAUUCAUCUACACGCAGGCCGUCUUUAUCACCAACUGGCGGCCACUUUUAUUUAUUUGCUACAGAACCUGGUGAAAGGAAGAAAAAAAAAAAAAAAAGGAUUAUUCCAGACGCGUCGUUCAUGCUUUAAUGACAAGCCCUACUUUUUGAUGAAUGACAUUUUGGACUAAAAAGGAUGCAUGGGUCAUUUUGACCGGCAAUUCCCUCGCAUUGAUAUUCCAAUAUUUUGCGCCUUGCUCAAAAGAGGUAAUAUUUUUGAGACACUUGCAGGGCUGCAUGUGAAUUAGCCUCUGCAGCAACUCAUCAUUAGGAGACAACCAACCCUGCAACUUUGGCUUUUUUCUAUAAAGCUCCGAUGAUGGAAAGAAUAAGAAAAGAGAUGAUUCUGAUGGAAAGGGGGCUGCACAGCCCCACUGCUGGUAAAAGGGUUUCGAAUUUGUCAGACUCAGCUGGAAAUGCCGUCUUGGAGGCCCUUGAAAAUUCUCAGCACCCUGGUCGUCUCAGCCCCAGACUUACUUCCACAUCUCUGCAUAGCAAUAUAGGAAACAUCUCUACCAAAGGCAAAUUCGAAAUUGAUAGUUUAUUUAAUAGUCAUCACCACAGCAGUGACAAUACGUCUUCCUCCGAAAUCUCCUCGUCUGAAAACAGGAAGAAAGUGUCUCUCUACCCAGAAGUUAUUCAAGAGGCAGACAUGAACAGUGAUGUUGAGGUGGGCUGUUCAGCACACCGCUCUCCAAACAGCCUCAGCACCACACAGCAGAAGGAAAACAACAACAAAGGUUUUACAGACAACGGUUCAACAGCUUCCAACACAAAUUCCACGUCGGUGUCCAAUUUAAACGGAAACGGCAAUUCGAUAGGCAGCUCGAGUUCCAGUUCGGAUCAGGUGAGACGGUACCGGACUGCUUUCACCAGGGAGCAAAUCGGAAGACUUGAAAAAGAGUUUUACAGAGAGAAUUAUGUCUCCAGACCCAGAAGAUGUGAACUGGCGGCAGCUUUAAAUCUUCCGGAAACCACGAUUAAGGUCUGGUUCCAGAACAGAAGAAUGAAAGACAAAAGGCAGCGCCUGGCAAUGUCUUGGCCGCAUCCCGCAGAUCCAAGUUUUUACACUUACAUGAUGACGCACGCGGCGGCCACCGGAAGUCUGCCCUACCCGUUCCAUUCCCACAUGCCACUGCACUAUUACCCGCACGUGGGGGUGACGGCGGCUGCGGCUGCGGCGGCCGCCACUGGGGCGGCGGCGUCCCCUUUUGGGACAUCCAUUCGCCCUCUCGACACUUUCCGUGCUCUUUCCCAUCCCUACUCUCGACCCGAGCUGCUCUGCAGCUUUAGACACCCUGGACUUUACCAGUCCCCGGCUAGCUUGAACAGCUCAGCCGCAGCAGCAGCGGCCGCAGCCGCAGCAGCCGCGGCCGGCGCGCCCUCAGCCACGGCUCCUUGCUCCUGUCUUAGCUGCCAUAGCAACCAAGCGGCCAGUGCCCUGGGUUCAAGAAGCAGCAGCGCGGAUUUCAGUUGUACAGCAUCCGGUCCAAGAUCUGACAGCGGCUUUUUACCUUAUUCCGCCGCCGUACUUAGCAAAACAGCAGUGGCGUCUCCGGACCAGAGGGACGACUCGUCUUUAAAUAGAUAACUUAUUAACUGCUCCACUUUCUAUUUGUUUAUUUAUGUAUGUAUUUAUUCAUUUAUUUAUAUACAUUGAACUAAUUUAUUUCA